AUGUCGGCCGUGGCGUGGGCUGCGUGCUCGGCGGUCGCGAGGCCUCGGGGUGGCGGCGACGUCGGCGGCCAGUUCCAAUGGCUGGCAGAGGGUGCGGAAGUGGGAAGCGCAAGGCUUGAAUCACUCAGUGGGAGGAGAAGCAAAAAGGGGCGGAGAAAGGGCCACUCGCCUCCUCCACAGAGAACAACCACCGCGACCGCAGCGCUGCUCCCCCACCACUUCGUCUCCAGCCCCUCGCUGCCCCUACCCCGUGAGCUCUCGCGAGAGCGGCGCGCGCCCACCCUGCCCCUCCCGUUGCGACCCAGGGUCCCCUACUUUCUGGACACCUUUGCAGCCCCGGGCCACGCCCCGCAAGUGUGCUGGGCCCACCCGUUUGGUCGAGGCCAGUCCACCCGGUUGGGGGUCGUGGCAGAGCGCUCCGAGCUGCUUAGCUGGGUUUCAGCGGUCAGGAAGGAAAUUGGCUGCAACUCUGGGAUGUCAGAGUCCUGCAGUGAGGGAUGGAAUUGCCACCAGAGUUCUGCCCACUGUGAGUGCCCAGAUGAAAUGUUAUGGAGUCUCUCUACUACGUAUGUCAAAACAGGAAUAUCUCAGGUUUUUGAUCACCAUUUACUUCCUCUCCUUCAGUUGCAGUUAUAUUCUCCUUUUCCUUCAAGAUAAGGAAACUAAUGCUGAGAGGUUUUGUAUGUAACUUGCUCAAGAUCACAGAGCUCGUAAGUACAAUCUGAAUUCAGUAAAGUCCAUUUCUUUCCCCCGCUUCCCAGGGUGACCUAAAUUAGAAUGAAUAUAUUCUAAAGGAAUUUUGGCAUGCUACACGAUCCCAUUUAACAUAGUUAACAAUUGAACCUGAUCCUUAUCAAUGGUCUUUAGAUUUUAAUUCUAUAUCUUCAUUAAAGACAAACCAAUUAAUUGUUAUAAAUGCUUCUCAAGGACAUAUUAUUUUUUUUAACAUCGGUAUUGGAGUAUAAUUGCUUUACAAUGUUGUCUUGGUUUCUGCUGUAUAACAAAGUG